AAUACAUCCAUGCCCUGCAUUCUUAUCUAUCCUCUAUUGGAAAGUAGUAGCAUCCAUUCAUAUAGAGAGAAAGAGACAGAGUGAGACAGAGUGAAGCAGAGACACACAGAGGUUUCGAAGAGAGAGAGAGAUAAAAGAGUGCUCUCCAGGAGAGUAUCUCCGCACAUCUGCUAGCUCAGCUAAUUUUUUGCAGGGUGACACAGAUUUGUUUGAUCGUUAUCAUCAUCAUCACCAUAGAUCGUCGUUGUUUUCAUCUUCAAUCAUGUAUAAUUCAGACUUUAAUACAGAUUCCCCCAUAUCUGCAACUGAGAAGGAAGAGCACCAGCAGCCUCUAAUCACCCACCUUUUUCUCGAUCUCUUAUCGCAGCUGAUUAUCCCUACAAAAGACGACCCAGAGAACCCCAAGACAGAGUACCCCGAAAAGCUAACCCAGUUUUCUCUACCAACUCUGCCCGAGAUCGUCUCUGAAUCUAAGUCACUCGUAAAGCUGGCUUUCCCCAUGGUUUUAACUGCCCUCAUUCUCUACUCUCGGUCUAUCCUCUCCAUGCUCUUCCUCGGCCAAUUCGGUGACCUUGAACUCGCCGCUGGCUCGCUGGCCAUCGCUUUUGCCAAUAUAACAGGCUAUUCUGUGCUCGCAGGCCUUUCUCUGGGCAUGGAGCCCCUUUGUUCGCAAGCCUUCGGAGCAAACCGUCCCAAACUUUUAUCUGUAACGCUUCACCGUGCCGUGAUUUUCCUCCUCGUCUCGUCCAUACCCAUUUCUUUUCUCUGGCUCAACAUGUCCAGGAUUCUUCUUUGUCUACACCAAGACCCCAACAUCACUCGCAUGGCUCACAGGUACCUAAUGUUCUCUCUCCCGGACCUCUUGACCAACUCUUUCAUUCACCCAAUCCGCAUUUACCUUCGCACUCAGGGCAUCACGCACCCUCUCACGUUAGCAUCCCUCGCUGGCACGGUUUUCCUCUUGCCUAUGAACUUUCUGCUCGUCUCCCAUUUCCGCCUUGGUGUGGUAGGAGUUUCGGCAGCCUCAGCCGCCUCCAACUUUUUCGUGCUCUUAUCCGUUGUCCUAUACGUGUGGGCCACCGGGUUACACGAACCAACCUGGACUAGUCCGAGCCGAGAGUGUCUCACCGGCUGGAAGCCGCUGCUCCGGCUCGCCGCUCCAAGUUGCGUCUCUGUUUGCCUGGAAUGGUGGUGGUACGAGAUCAUGAUCGUCUUGUGCGGGCUUUUGGUGAACCCCAGAACAACCGUGGCGUCAAUGGGCAUCUUGAUUCAAACAACAGCCUUGAUUUACGUGUUCCCGUCCUCCCUCAGCAACGCCGUGUCGACUCGGGUCGGGAACGAACUGGGAGCGAACCAUCCUCACAAAGCGAAAACAUCCGCGGUAGUGGCGGUGUGCGUGGCGGAGUUAAUGGGACUAUUAGCGAUGACGUUCGCCUCGGGGAUGAGGGAUAAGUGGGCCCGGAUGUUCACUAACGAUUCCGAGAUACUAAAGUUGACGGCAGCCGCUCUACCAAUCAUAGGGCUGUGCGAGCUCGGGAACUGUCCGCAGACCGUGGGGUGUGGGGUGUUGAGGGGGAGCGCGCGCCCGACCUCGGCGGCUAACGUAAACCUUGGAGCAUUUUAUUUUGUAGGCAUGCCCGUGGCCGUUGGUCUAGCAUUCCAACUCAAAAUUGGGUUCUGCGGGCUUUGGUUGGGCCUACUAUCGGCCCAGAUUUGCUGCGCUGGUUUGAUGUUGUACGUGAUCGGAACGACGAACUGGGAGUUCCAAGCUCGUAGGGCCCAGAUGCUAACUUGCACUGGGGGUACUGGAGAAUCAGAGCUCAGCUGUGACGGUGGUGGGAAGGCUAUAGAGCAAGAGACAAUAGUAUGUAUUGUGGUCGCUUCCUCUUGUGAGCCCAAGGACCAAUACUAAGGGACAAACCAAGAAGCAAACCAACUUCUUUUUCUUUCUUUUCUUUCCCUUUUUAGAUUGUAAUUCUUGUCAUUGAUAUCUCUGUUCAAUUUUCUUUUUUUCUUUUUUCUUUUUUUUUAAUUUUUGUGGAGUUGAGAGAGAUUGGACCUCAUGAGUGAAGUGGAUAAAGGAUAAAACU